AGUAGAUGCAGACGCAUAAAUCGGACGCUUAGUAGAGACGCUAGAACGCGUUAGAAUGAUCUGGUAUACAAGUUAGCCUGAUAUUUCUCAUGUAGCUUUUGUAGGAAACUUCAAGCACGGGGGACUAUAAUGGCAGAAAAGGUGUCCAAUGCAGCCCGAGUCCAGAGACAGGAUACCGGAGUGGUGACAAGUUCGACGAAAAAACCACUUCUCAAUUUAUUUCCGCAACGGUCCGACUGUAAAUAUACACCCAACUACUGUGAAGAAAAUGUGUGGCAUUUAUGUCAUGCUGUAAGUAAUCACCAUCCUAAGGAACUCCAGCACUGUUACGUAGUAUUUGUGUCGAACGACCACCGUACUGUCCCAUUAUGGAGGCAGAAAGCCGGGCAUGAAGAAGAAAAACUUGUCAUAUGGGAUUAUCAUGUACUCUUCCUGUACACUCCAGAUGACCGUUGUUUGGUAUAUGAUUUAGAUUCGGAGUUACCAUUUCCGACUUACUUCCACAAAUAUGUUACAGAAACAUUCCGCACAGAUCAUAUUCUUAAGCCUGACUACUUCAGGUAUUUUCGUGUUGUGCCAGCACCAGUAUUUUUGCAACACUUUGCAUCAGACAGAAGACACAUGAAACGUUUGGAUGGUGAUUGGUUGAAGGUUCCACCUGACUAUCCCCCUAUCACAACUCCUUCUUGUUCUCACAAUCUUGAAGAAUUUGUUAAUAUGGAUCCAACAAAGGGUCAUGGAGAAGUCAUGAAUCUUACACAACUUGUUCGCAAGUUCUAUCAACAGACAUAGGUAUGGCUUCCGUACAUCAUUGUAAUUAAGUUUUAUACUAAUUUUUCUACAAGAAAACCACUGGAAUUUACUGUUUACUCUCUGAUAUUCUAUUAAAUGAUGUUGAAGUGUGAAACCUGUAAUAGUUGCAUCUUAAAUUGUUACAGUUUUGAGUGUGUCGAUUAACUUAAGGGAAGUUUGCUUGUUGGCACUGAAAACUAUUUGCUGAUGAUAAAGUGUGCUUGAGCAUAAUAUGUGAUAUUCUGUUUGUGAAUGCUUCCUAUAUAUCAAAUGCUCAUUGCAGAGUGGUAUGGCAUGGAUAAUUUGUCACAAGUUGCUGUAAAAUGCAGAUAAUAUUUUGUGAAUUUGUUGCCUGUUAAAUACGCUGUUGAAACUAAAGUUUCCUACUGUUUCUGUUAGUAUAUGUCCAUUACCGUGUUUUUACCCCAUACCCACAUCCUGCCUCAUUUCUCAUUUACCGAGGCAGUUGUGAACCUAUUAAUUUCUUUACAAAACUU